AUGAGCAAAUUACCAAUAGACCUAGCCAUGACUCGGUUUGCACAUAAUCUCCAGACUGGUUUGCUACCCGACCAGGUCUGGAUGGUCAUUACCUGGAUAGCCUUCUUUUUCAAACUAGUCAGCUUAGCUUUCGUCGGCCCUCUUAUAGGGCUGGUCAUUUUUGACUUUUGCCUUUGGAUCUAUCGACUGCACCAACCUCAGCCCCAGACAGCCUCGCGAACGAAUCGCAUCUCGCGCAAGGUUACCGGCCGUAGCGCUAAUCCAACAUCGCCUGGAAAUGACAUUGGGUCCGCCACAGCUUUGGCUCCUAACUCUACUACGAGUCAGAGGCGUACCGUUUACUCGGGUCAGGCCAGCGGCUAG